ACAAGUUCAAAUUCGCAGUAAACGCCAACUGGUUUUGUUAUACCUAUGCUACGAUUUGUGUAUCGCUUUAUAAAGCUAGCCAGUAUCAUAAUAACAACAUUAUACUCGUAAAGCUUCAUUACAAUGGAGCUCUCGGUGUCGGUUUGUUUAGUGCUAACCUUGAGCUUAGUGACUGCGACGCCCUAUGGAUAUAGCGCGAAAAGUGAAGCCGUUGCAAGAGCUGAAGCAACUGCUAGCGCCGGUUCUCUUGACUCACUGCCCCACGCUCCACUGACGGUUCCCGCAUCUGGAUUUUCUGGCAGUUUCUCGAAGUCAUCAUCAUCAAGUUUCGCUUCAUCAAGUGCAAGUUCAAGCUCUAGCUCCUUCAGUUAUAGUGGUGCAGGUGCCGGUCUAGUUACUGAUUUCGGAAAAACAUUUGGAUGUAAAGGAGAUUGUCAAAAUGGAGUAAAGAAUGAUUUUGGGCCGUCUGGUCAUGGAUCAAGUAAUAAUGGUGGAUUUGGGGGACAUAAUUUUGCCGGUGCAUCCGCCUCAGCUGGAGCUGUCGCAAAUGUUCCUUUUACCGUUGAUCAGCCUUGCCAUGGACCUAAUUGCUUCGGAAAUUCUGUAAAGAAGUGCACUGGUAGUCAGUGUGGGGGGACAAAUACAAAUGGAAACAAUGAAUCUUCGGGAAAUUUAUCUUCGGAAUCUAAUGAAGAUAAUUCGAAUGAUUUCUCUAUCAAUCAACCUCAGCUAACUAAUUCAGAUCAGACAAAAAUAAACAAAAAUGGAUAUCACAAAUUAGAUAUAAACACUGGAUUGAAACAAAGCUCGCCUAUUGUUCCUUUUGAUAAACAAGUAAAUAAUUAUAAUGACAAAGGAGAUUGUCAAGGACCUGCGUGCGGUGGUUUUCUUCCUCUAAACCAGCACGAUAUCAACAAUAAAAAUUUAAACCAACAAACAUUAGAAACGUAUCAAGAACAAGCAUGUGCUACUCAUGACUGUAAAUUGAGUACUUCUACCAACCAACGGAAACCAUCAAGUUAUAAUGUGCCUAUUUUGGGACCUCAAACAAAUGUCGAAAAAGAAAUUCCUAUCUGUACAUCAGGCAAAUGUCAGUUUGCUAAUCAUGUUCAAAAUCAUAAUAACGACGAAAAAACUUUACAAUCUUUGAAUGCUAAUAAACCAUCGACCACCCUUCAAUUGCCUACUGAUUCAUCAGGCAAAGCUGCUCUGUGCAAUUCUAACGAUUGUAAUAUUCCUUCUAAUCAAGGUGAAUCUGCACAUAUUGGGCCCGGACAUGAAAUAAAUAAACCAAUUUUAAACGCUGAUAUUCCAAAACCUUAUGAUAGUGCCAAAACACCGCAAUAUACCCAAGAUCAACAAUCAUCUGGGCUCAAUAAACUAGUUAAUCCUGCAACUAUUCCCGGCUCCUCUUACAUGCCAAGCGUUCCUACCGGAUCUGGCAAUAUUCCAAACUUUGAAUUAAAUUCGUCUUACUACCCUAACAGACGAGCCGGCUCUACCGAUAAAACUGGAACAGAAGGAUCUGACAACAUUCCUUCUCAUCAAACCACGGGACCUCAACUUUCAAAUAUUGAUAAUUUACAUCACCCUAAUAUCAAUUCUGCUACCUCUCCCACUGAAAGCGGCAUUAAUAAGCCUGUUUAUCAACCAGUACUUUCGAAUUUAAAUCCUAUUACGAAGCCUGCUGGAACAUUCUUCGAUGCAAGUAUAAGUACUCCUCCAAGAUCUGAAGUUAAUCCUUCUCAUGAAAUCCCUUCUUCAGGGCACUCCUUUUACCCCAGUCAUGCAAGUAGUUCUGGCGCCUUCCCAUCAAACCCUUCGUAUUCUAAUAAAAUAACUUCAAACUCUGAAAUAAAUAGUCCUUCCGGGUCUGAUGACGAUCUCAUUUGUGCUUCCGGUAAUUGCGCCAGCGCUCCUCAAUCCAGCCACCCUAUUUCAAACAGGCCAUUGGAUAUUGACUCAAAUAAACCUUCAUAUUUCCCCCCAAUUCCAUCAACUAAUCAAAUGGGUUGUACGACACCAAACUGCCAACACCAUUCUGGUUACGAAAACAGUCCUAAAAUUAAACCUACUUCUCCAGAAAGUAGCAUAAUAGAAAAAAAUAUUCCAUCAAAAACAGACUCCGAAGUUUUGUUAUCAAAUAAAGGAAAUAAAAUAUAUUCUGGGGGAUUCGGUGGGCCAGUUGGUAUCCUUAGUGUCAAUAAUAAUGAUAAACCUACCAGUAGCAUAUUGAUUAAUCCUGAUGCAAAUCAUAAUGCUCCUCAAAAUACCUUUUCACCACCUCAAACUUCAAUAGCGCCUAGUUCUAUACCAUCCUUACCGGCUCACUCAAACCAACCAUCAACGUCAGGACAAGAGCCACUUAAUACAAAUAAUUUUUACAAACCAGGACCAUUAGUUCCAAUUGUUGCGAAUAUUCAAUCCGAUGAAAAUAAACGUCCCUACACCGGUGGAUUUGGCGGUCCAGCUGGUUUAUUGAAGCCGAAUGAAUUUAUGAUAACGCCAACUAUUCCAAAAGUGGGUAAUUGUAACCCUAGUCAAGGUAUUUGUAACCCUAGUCAAGGCACUCAAAAUGGAUUAUCUGGAGCGCUUGGUACGUCUCACGCCGGGGCUAAUGCUGCAGCCGAAGCUAACGCAAAUGCUGCAUCUUUUUCUGGGUCCUUUGGCGGUCCACCUGGCCUUUUUAAACCUUUUGACGAAGGCAAACCAGACCAAACUGAAAAUGCCUUUGGUAAACAUAGAAAUGAUUUUGGAAACCUUAGCCCAAGUCACAUACAGCCUCAUUCUAAUGGUGUUGGUGGAAAUCAUGCAAAUGCAGCAGCAUCUGCAUCUGCUGGGUCAGGCAGUUACAGUCAUUCCGGAGGCUGCAAUACGGGGUGCUCGUCGAAUGGAGCCGGUCAAGAUCAAAGCGCCACUUUAGGGCAAACCAGUAAUAGAGUACAACAUAGCCUUAAUCACGCAAGUUCGACAGCUUUAGCAAAGAGCGUUGCUGGUCAUUACGCUCAUGGAAGCAGUAUAGCAACUGCUAGUGCUCAUGCUUCAGCGGGAGCUUCAGUUAAAGGAGGUACAUGGAAAUAAAAGACUGAAACAGAAAUACUUACGUCACUGCGAGUCUUAUCGAAUUUGUAGUUUUUUUGUGAUUAUAAUAUAUGUGAGACAGGUAAUAGUACUUUAAAUUAAUUAGAAAGUAAAUAAUAUAUUUAGAUUUUGUCUUUUAAUAAAUGACUUAGAGUAUU